AUGAUAUAUUUAGCGAAUUUAAAAAACAAUGAUUUUUAUUAUAAAUAUUAUGGAAUACAAUCAUUGUUAGAUAUUGACAACAAUAAAAAAAAAAUUUUAAAUAAUUCAUAUAUAUCUAAUAAUUUUACGUACAAAAAAAAAUAUAAAAAAGAGUAUGUUGAUGCAUACUUAACUUCUUUAGAAGAAGACAAUAAUUUUUUUUAUAAUAAAAAAAAUAAUAAUAGAAACAAUUUCAAAAAGAAAACUAAACAAAGAAAAAAGAAUUAUAACCAUUUAAUAAACAAUAAUGAAUUUAAAUAUUUUAAUGGGAGUAAUUGCAUUAACGACAUCUACAGAAAAAAUAUUUUAAAUAAAUAUGGUUACAGAAGUAAUGAAAAAAGGAAAAUAAGAAAUAAACGGAGAAAACAAAAAAAUAAUUCCAUUAAAUUAAGUAAAAAAAUUUAUAAGAAAAAAAUAAUCACAAAUGAAAGAAAAACAAAAUUUUUUUAUUAUUUGAAUUUUUUGGAAAAAAAUAACCGCAAAAAUAAAUUUGAGAUAAAUAAAAAUACACAUUACCUAAAUAGAAUAUCAUCUAAAACAAUAGAAACAGUAAUUUCCUCUCAAGAUAGUACAAUAAAUUUUAAAACAUUUUAUGAUGAUAAUUUUAAAUUUUAUGAAAAUAAAUUUGAGAAUACAAAUGAAAACAUGAAUUCAUAUUUUGUUAAUAAAAAAAAAAAAAAAAAAAAUUACGAGAAAUUAAAAGAGAGGAGUGGGCUUAAUUUAUACAGAAAAAGUGAAAGGAAACAUUUAACAUACAAAAUAUAUAAGAGAUAUUCUUUAAUUUCCACAAUGGUUCAUGAAAUGAUAUUUAAAAAAAAAAGGAAUAUGAACAUUAUAGAAAAAAAUAAAAUUGUAAAAAAAAAAUUCUUUAAAUUUAAAAGAAAAAAGUGGAAAAUAAGGAUAGAAAUUAAAAGAAAUACAAAAUUUAUCCAUAAAAAAGGAAAUCAUUUAACAAAACAAUUAGUUAUUAAUUUUAAAAUAAAUGAAAUGUUAAUAAAAAAUAUAUUAAAAUAUAUCAUUGCAUAUUAUUUAACCUUAAAAUUUUAUCUAAAUCAAAUUAUUAGUCUAUCAACUAUAAAAUUAUACUUUAAAUUUUUAAGAAAUUAUAUACUUUGUUAUUUUCUUAAUAAUUAUUAUAAGAUUGAAUUGCAAAGUAUUAAUUACUUCAAAAAUUCAAAAAAUAUAAGAAGUACAACAAAAUUAAUAGGAUUUUUAUAUCAAAUUUACGAAUUUUGUGAUAACUUUAAAUUUAUUGAAGCUUUUUCUAAAAUCUUAAUAAAUGUUCAUAUUUUUAAGGUAAAAUAUGGAAAAUUAUUUUUACAUUUUAUUUAUAAUUAUAUAGAUAAUUUCUAUAUAAUGCAAAUUAUAAGAAUAAUUUGUAUAAAUUUUUAUAUAAAAAAUUUUAUUAAAGAUUUAGCAAAUAUAUUUUCCUUUAAUUGUUAUAAAAUUUGUUUUAUAAUAUUUGCUUUUUUUAAAAUAAUUAAAGAUAGUUUAAUAUAUUAUUUUUAUAUUUUUUAUAUGCAGUUAUCUUUAUAUUUAAAAAAUUCCUCUGAAAAUAAUCUAAGUGAAGUUUGUCAAUUUUUUAGAAAUAAAAAAAGUGCUAAUUCAUAUAUUCAGAAUGUAAAAAAAAGGAUGAAAAAUAAUACAUUAAUGUUAUUAAAAAAAAAAAAAAAUUCAGAUAUACAAGGAUGCAUCAAAAAUUUUAAAUAUCUCCUUAAGCAAUAUCAGAAAAUUAUUCUUUAUUUUACAAAUAUACUCUUAUAUAUUUUUAAUGAAAAUGGAUUGUUAUGUAUUCUGAUAAAUUUUAACAGGAUUAAAAAACAAGAACAAAAUAUAUUUUUAUAUUUUUUUAAUGAAUAUUAUUUUGUGUUGAAGGAAUAUUUUAAAAAUACAUUUAUAAAAACUUUGUCUAAUAUAAUAUAUAUAGAUAUUAAUUUACAAAGGACUUUAAAAUUCCUAAAAAAUUCAAGAGAUUGUAUUAAAAUAUUAAAACAUAAUGAAAUCUUAAAAAUGUUAAAAGAUUGUUUUAAUUUUGAAUUUUUUAUACAAUUAAAUUGUUUCCUAAAUGUAAAAUACUUCAUUAAAUUAGAAUGUUACAUAAUAUUAGGAUAUAAUUUUUUUAUGAGAUAUUAUAGAAAGAAAAAAUCUGAUAUGAAAGUAAAAAGUUUAACUCAAAUAAAAAAGGAUAUAAAAAAUUAUAAAAUAGCAUUUGUUAUACAAAAUAAGAUAGAUGGAAAAAAAUAUAUUUGUAACAUAUUCUUAUAUUUUUAUAAAAUAUUUAAUUUAAUUUUUAAGUGUAUAAUUAUAUCUUCUUGUGAUUUAGGAAUAAUUUUUAAUAAUUUUAAUUCUUUAUAUACAUUAAAUAAUAAGAUAAGAAAAUUUAAUAGAUUGUUUAGUAAAAAAAAUGUAAUAAAUCUAUACAACAAUAUAUUAGAAUUAUGUAUAUGUAGUGCAACAAAUAGAGAAAAAAAUAUAUAUUCAAAAAUAAUAGAAAAUAUAUUUAUUACAAAAAUUAAUGAAAAUCUUUCUUUUCAUAAAAUAAUUAGAAAGCUUUUAUAUUUUUAUUUUUAUAAUUUAAUUUGUACUUUUUUCAAAAUAUUUAAAUUAUAUUAUAGCAAAAAUCAGAAAAAUGAACUUAAAAAAGGAAAACAAAAUCUCAAUUUGCAUAAUAAUGAAAUACUAGCACAAUAUGAAUAUAAUUUUUUUUCUUCUUUUAAUAGAAAAAUUACAAGAAUUACAUAUAUAGAUAUACUUAUAUACUUAUAUAGUAUUAUAACCUUAAUAGAUAGAAAGGAUAAAGUAAAAAAUAAAAAAAUCUACAUAAUUCCAUAUAAUAUUAUAAAUGACAUAAAUUAUUUAAGAAUUUUAUACAUAUAUAUUUUUCUUAAUUUUAUCAAAUUUAAUUAUAUAAAAAAUAUUUUUUUAUAUAAUAAUGUAAUAUAUAACUAUAAUUUUAUAUAUAAUAUAAGUGAUAAAUGUAUAUAUGAUAGAAAGAGAAAAAUAUAUUUGAAUAGUAUAAAAAAUAAUUAUAAUUCAAGUAAACAAAGAAAUAAAGAACACAAUGAGAAGAAGAAAAUUACGAAGAAAAUAAAAAGUAAACUCAAUAUAAGAACUCUGAAAAUCAAAAAGAAAAAUAAUAAAAAAAUUAACAUAAGAAAAAAAUAUAAUAAUAUCACAUAUAAUGUAAGGAAUCAUUAUUCAGUACCAUUUAAAUUUAAAGUUGUAAAAAAUAGAACUAAUAAGAUAAAUGAGGAAGAAAGUAAAAAAUACGAUAAUUAUGAUGUCUAUAAUAAAAAUAAUAUAGUUGAUAAGGACAAAGCGAGUAUGAUACGAACAAAUCACAAAAAGAACAAAAAAAAAAAUAUCAAUAAUAUCAACAAUAUACACACAUGUAUUUUCAAAAAUAAAACAAGAAAUGAGUUACUACAUAUUAAUAAUUUUUAUAAAAAGUAUUGCUCAUAUUUAUGCGAGAAUUUCUUUAAUUAUAAAUAUUUAUUUAAUAAAAAUAUAGAAUGUUAUAAAGAAGAUAAAAAAAAAUAUGAUACAAAUAUAAAGAUUAAUGAAAUGCGAAAAAAUUUAAGAUUUACACCAAAAAAUGAGCAUUUGUAUAACAAAAAUUUUUUUACUUUAUUAAAAAAUAAUAAAAGUAUACAAAUUUUUAUUAGAAAAAAAAAUUAUAUGAAUAAUUCUGACUACAUGCUUAAAUCACGUAUAAAUGACAAGAUAAUAGAUAUUAAUCAUAAAAAAUACUUAAAAAAUAAUUCAAAAAGUAAAAGUGGAACUUGUAUGUAUAUCAUUAACAAAAAAAAAAACAAUAAUUUAAUCAGUUUAUCUACAAAAUGCAACACUCGUAAAAGAAACUUCGUUAAUUUUAAUUCUAAGAAUCAUAAUUUUCAAUAUAAUUUAUAUAAAAAUAAGAAUAUAUAUAAUGAAAAUGAUAGGAAAAAAAAAAAUUAUAAAAUAUCUAUAAACUGUAAUAAAAAUUUUAAUACCAUUUUUAUAUUAAAUAAUUCUAGAAAAUAUAAAAAAAAUAGUUGCCUGUCUAAAAAUAAGAUAUCCAUCCCUUCGAAAAACAUCAAUUCCUUUUAUUUAAAUAAGAAUAGUUUAAUUUUUAAUAAUUAUUUUCUUAGAAAUUCUAAAAAAUAUAAUGAAAUUAAGAGAAUUAUAGAUAUAAAUAAACGAAAGCAUAUUAACGAACAAGUAGUAGAAAUAAACAGUAAAAUACAUUUAGAUAAAACUCCUAUUUUAAAUAAAAUAUCAGAAAAUUAUUUUCCAAAUUACAAGACAUAUUUAAGAAAACAAGAUCCUUUAAGAUUAUUCAUUAUAAAAAAUUAUAAAGGAGAUCAAUAUACAUUUUUUAAUUCUAAAUAUGGUUGUCCAAAAAAUAUAACUAAUGAUACAAUGUGUGAAAUAAUUAAUGAGAAGAAUGAGACACAUGAUGACUAUUUAAAAAAUAACAUUUAUCUGUUGAAAAAACAUUACUCUCAUUCAGACAUUUUACAUAAAUAUAAUUUACAUCCUAAAAUAAAAUAUUCAAACAAUGCAAGUAUAAAUAAAUUAUUUUUAGAUAAAGAUUGUAAUCAUUCUUAUGUUAUAUCAAAAAACAUUAACAAUAUUCAUGAGAAAACUAAAAUUUUAGAUAAUUCUCAUAACUUAUCAAAAUUAAUUUUAAAUAAUGAAUACUCAUUAAGUAAUGAAAAUUUCUACCUUAAAAAUAAUGGUAUCAAAAAAAAAUCAUUAAAAUUCAAGUUAAAAGAAGAAUGGUUAAAUAAUAUAUAUCCAGAUGCCUAUAUUAGUAACAAAGAUUGCAAUUAUAAUAUUGAUUAUAUUAUAAAUAAAAAAAACAAAAGUUUAAUUAAAAAAAAAGAAAUAGAUGUUUUUUCAUAUAUUAAUAAUUUUAGUGUUGUAAAUAACAGUAGAGAAAAACAUUAUUUAAAAAAAAAACUAAAUUUUUAUAUUAAUUUGAAAAAUAAAUAUAGAUAUUUAAUGAAAAGAAAAAUAUAUAAUAAUUCUCAAGAUAAAAAGAUAGAUUAUCAUGAAUAUUACAUUAAGUAUUUAGAAGACAAUUUUAAAAAUAUAAGGAAUAUUCAUAAUAAGCAUUGUUACUUUGAAAACAUUUAUAAAAGUUAUAACUUCACUCAAAAUAAUAAAAGUAAUUAUAUAAAAAUUAACACAUAUCAUAAUCAGAAUAAUUCAAUUCAUGCUUUCGUGAAUAAAAACACAAAUAAUAAUUAUAAAACCAAUAAAAAUUUUUCUUACUAUAAAAUGAUCAGUUUAAAAUAUAAAAAUAAAGUUAAAAAUUUAUACGAAAAAAACAAAGAGUUCUAUAAGCUACUUAAUGAAAAAACCACUAUAUAUAAUAUGAAUAAAAGUAAUAUAAAUCAUGAAUAUAAUAAUCCUUUUGGAGUUUUAAAUAGGGAUAAAAAUUAUUUAGAUAAUAUAACACAUGCACAUAGUCAUAAAUUUAAAUAUUUAGAUAAAAAUAAUAUAUAUCAUUUAUGUAAUUCCUCAAAUAAAAAUAAAAAACAUUUAUCUGUUAAUAUAUAUAGUAAAAAUGCCAACGAAAAAAUUAAUAUUAACAAUUACAAUGAUUUAUGUGAAACUAAUACUACCAUAUUAAAUAUAUUAAAACCUUUAAAUAUUGUAGAUUAUAAAAAUUACAUAUAUAAUAUUAAAAAUAAUACUAAGAACAAACUUCACACGACAAAUAGCAAAAUAUGCAAUAUAAAUAGUAGUAAAAAUAUGAAAAUAUAUAACGAAAGUUAUUUAAAUAAAAAUAACAAUUUAUUAUACGAAGUUACAAAUAUAAAAAAUAUUGACACAAAUGAAAUGUGUUCUGUUAAAAAAUAUAUGAAGAAGUUUAAUAUAGUGGAAAAUUUUGAUUUUAAAAAUGGAAAAAUAAAUGAAAAAUGUGAUUUAAUAAGUUAUAUUAACAAAAGUAAUAAUGUAAAUAGUAAUAUUUCAAAUAAUGUAAAUAUAAAUUGUUAUAGUAAUAAUAAUAAUUUUUGUUGUAUUAAAACUAGUAAUUAUCAAAAUAAUAAUAACAGUAAUCAUACUAUAAAUAGUAAUCGUAGUGAUAAUAAUAGUAAUAUUAUAAAUAAAUAUAACAUUGAUCAUAGUAAUAAUGAUAAAAACAAUAAAAACAGCAACAAUAAUAGUAAUAAUAAUAACAGUAACAAUAACAGUAAUAAUAAUAAUAAUCAUAAUAACAGUAACAAUAACAGUAAUAAUAAUAAUAAUUAUAAUAAUAAUCAUAAUAAUAAUAAUAAUAAUUAUAAUAAUAAUCAUAAUAAUAAUAAUAAUAAUAAUGAUGAUGAUGAUGAUGAUAAUGAUGAAAACAAAAAUAAGUAUAAUAAUAAUAAUAAUAAUAAUAAUGAUGAUGAUGAUGAUGAUGAUGAUAAUGAUAAUGAUGAAAACAAAAGUAAGUAUAAUAAUAAUAAUGAAAACAAAAAUGAAUAUAAUAAUAAUGAUAAUAGCGACUGUAGUAAUAACAAAACUAAAAAAAAAAAAAUAAAAGUAAAUAAUAUUUGUAGUAGUAGUAUGCAUAAAAAUAUGAAAGAAAAUUAUUUUAAUAAUUACAAGAAUAACAAUUACAAAAAAAAAACAAAUAUAGAUAUAAUGAAUUGUAACAUAAAUACAAAUGAAGAAAAAAAAACAGAUCUUAAUAAAAAUGAUAAUGGCAUAGAUAAAAAUUAUAUUGAUUUUAAAAAAGACAAAAAUAUAAAAAAUUUAAGAGAACCAUACUAUGAAAGUAUGAUGCAUAAUUGUAACGCAUUAAAAAGAUAUUUAAAUUAUUUAAAAAAUUUAGAUUAUGAUAUAAAAUUUGGAAAUGUAUAUGUAAAAUUAAAAAAAAAAUUAAGUUCACAAAAUAAAUGCCAAUUCGAAGUAUAUGAAGCCGAAAUAGUUGCGAUUGACAAUAUUUGUAAUUUUUUUUAUCCUCAUAUUCAUAAUUUUGAAAAUUUUUAUAAUUUAUUAAAAAAAAGUAUAAACAAUUAUGAUUUUCAUAAAAUAAGUAUGAAUAAUUAUGAUUACCUAUUACAUAAUGAUAUUAAUGAGAAUAAUAUAAAUGAUUUUAUGAAAAAUAGCCAAGAUUUUAAUCUGAUUAUAAGUGAUUUAAUUAAUACUAUUUUUUGCUCAAAUUAUAAUUUUAAAUGCGAUUCAAAAUUUUUUAUAGAUAAUACAGAAAAAGACGGUUUUUCUUAUACUUCAUUUUUAGAAAAUUACUUAACAAAAUCAUUAAAUAAAGAAUAUACAUGCCCAAUAGAUAAUGAAAUUACAAAAAAUUUUGACAAAAAUAAAAUAAAAAAUAUCAAUGAUAAUUUAAAUUUAAGAAAAAAAAAAAAUUGUAUAAUAAGUGCACUGAAUAAUAAAAAUAUUAAAAAUGAUAUUAAGGACAUAUUUCCUUUUAAAAUAGUAAAUAUGAAAAAGAAUAAUAUAAUUGACAUUAAUAAUGAAGAUGCUAAUUCUAUUCAAAAAGAGAAAAUUAUAAAUACUGAUAACUUUUAUAAUUCAUAUAUUUUUUAUAACAAUGUAAAAAAAAAUAAAAAUAAUUUAAAUUCUAAUUUUUCUAAUAAUAAAAACACUUGUAAAAGCUGUUCAAUUAUAAAAAAUGAGAAGGAGAUUAUUAAUGGUUAUGAAAAUAGCUAUUCUGCAAAUUACUUAAAAAUGAAUAGUAGAAAUAUAAAUAGUAAUAUAUAUAACAGCACAAAUAAUGCAAAUACAAAUGUAAAUAAUAAUGAUUCCUAUUUUAAUAUAAGUGAUAAAAAUGCCUUGUCAUUAGAUAAUUCAUUAUUUAAUAAACAACUUAUUAUUAGAUAUUUAAUUGAAGUAAUAAAAAAAAUUAAUUUUCUGAAAAAUUUUGGUUAUGAAUCAUUAUAUGAUAUUUUAAAAGAGAAAUAUAUAAAAUUUUUGUUAGAAAAAGAUAAUGUUGAAUCCAAUACAUUAUUUAAUAUAAUUAAGCAUAUAAUAAGAUACAAUUAUAUAAAUGAUGUUAUAAAUAAUCCAUUUACGAUAUACCAGAAUUCUAUUAGAAAUAUACCUAGUAAUAAAUUCGCUAUUAAAAUAUUAAAUAUUGACUCGUGCAAUAUAUUUAAAUUAAAAUAUAAAAUACAUAGCUUACUAUCAGAAGGGAAACAACUUAAAAGUGUAAAUACUGAAAUUAUGAAUUAUCUAGAAAAAAAAAAUUUGCUAAAAGAAAAAUUAAUAAAUUCAAAUAAAAAUAAUGAAAUAAUUUUUAAUGACAAUUUUAAAUAUGAUAAUUAUAGUUUAAAGUCAAAUAAACAUUUGAAUUUAUCAUUUAAUUCAUAUCCAGUUUACUAUCAAAAGUUAUGUAACGAAAGAAAUGUAAUAAAUAAUGCUACAGAUAAUAAUUCUAAAGUUAUGAAUGUGAAUUUCAAUAUAGAUAAUAAAAUAAAUGACUGGAAAAAUAAUAAUAAAAAUAAUAUCAUUAUUAAAAACAAAAAUAAUGUUAUUAAUAAUAAUUACAUUGAAAACGAUAGUAAUAUUGUAGAUAACAAAAAUAUUAAUAAUAAAAAUUCUAUUAAUAGUAAUAGUAAUGUUAUGAAUAUUAAUAAUAGUCACAUUGAUGAUAAUAAUAAAUUAUUUUAUCCAGAUAUUUCUGAAAAAUCUUCUAAUGCAAUUGAUAACAGUAAAUUCCCUUUUAUCUGCAAGCAAUGCUUAAAUAUUUUUUAUGAUAAAGAUAUUAUCUUACUAUAUAAAUUAAACAAAAAUUCAGAUAUAUCUAUUUUAAGUAAUGAUUUUGAAAUAAAUGACAAAAAUUUUCUUUUCAACGAUAAUAUUAAAAAGAAUACUGAUCACAUUGAAAAUUUUAAUUAUGAAAAUAAUAUAAGGAAUGCAAAGGUUGAUGAUCAAAUAAAAGCAAAUGGUGAUAUACUUGAAAUUAAUAAUAAAAAGAAAAAUAAAAAAGUAAAUAAUGAAAAUGUGACAAAAAAAAAAAUCAUUAACGAAAAUAUAAAUUUAAGAAAAAAAAUACGAAAUGAGAAAAUAAAAAUAAAACAAAAAAGGAAUAAAAAUCAGACAAAAAAAAUAAAGAAUAAAAAGGAUAAUGAGAAAUGUUCCAAUAAAAAGGAAACGAAAUUAAUAAUUAAAAAUAUUAACAAAAAAAAGAAAAGGAUAUUAAGUGUGAAAAAAAAAAAAUAUAUAAAAAAUAAUGUUAAAAAAAAUUAUAAAGAGUGUAUAAAUGAAAAAGAAAACAUAAAAAUUAAUUAUGUCUCUAUGAAUUCUCAUUCAGGUCAAUUCAUACCAUAUAAACUGGAAUCAUAUAAAACAUUACCGUAUAACUUAAUUCCAUAUAAACAUAUUUCAUGUAGUUGCAUGUCAAAAAAUCAUCAGUCAUGCGAAUAUUUAAUUAAUAAUUAUAUUUCUUGUAAUUCGUUUAAUUUUUUUAUAAACAACUUGAAAAAUAUAAAAUUUAAUUUAUGCAAAAAAUGUCAAGUAGAAAAAGAGAAAUGCGAAAAUUAUUUAACAAAAGAGAUAAAAAAAAAAUAUUCAAAUUCAAUUCCUAAAUAUUUAUGGUCUUCUAUUGGAGUAACAAAGAAUAAUGAAGAUGUUUUAGGUGUAGCCAUGCAAAUGAUUGAUGGAUGUACUUUAACUUAUAUUAUUCAAAAAUUAAAAGGAACAGAUAAUGUGAAUUAUGGAUUGUUUUUAUUAGAUAUUUGCAAAAAAUUAGUUAAGCAUUUAAUGAUAAUAUGUGAAUCAAUUGAUAACCCUAUUAUUAAUUGGGAUACAAAACCAGGUAAUAUUAUGAUUGAAUAUGAAAUGAUAAAUUCCAAAAUUUCUUGCAAAAAUGUUACUAUCAUAGAUAUAGGAGAUGCAUUACCAGGUAGAAGUUUUUUUUUUCCAACCAAUCCAUCAUAUUAUGAAAAAAUAAAAAUUAAUAAUGUUCAAAAAAAUUUUAAUAAUUUUUUGUAUUACGUAAUUUGUACCAAAGGAUAUUGCUCUCCUGAAUGUGCUCUCUUAGUUUUUUUAUUAUCAUCAUUAAAUAAAUCAGACCAAUUCAGAAAAACAUGGUAUGGGUCUGACUCAGAUAUUUAUCAUAUAAAUAAAACUAAACAAUUAAGAAUCAAAUAUAGAUGGAAAAAGUUAUUAGAACUUUGUUUUAUUCAAGCUAUUGUUAAAAAAAAAGAAUAUUCUACUAACGAGAAGUCAUUACAUCCAAUUUAUCAAAAAAGUAGUUGCAUAAAAAGUGGAGAUAAUAACACUUCUUCUAUCAUUACCCAAAACAAUGAUAGUAAAAUAAACAAUUCGCUAAAAAAAAAUGUUUGUCCAUAUUUAUUUUACAAGAAUGCGAGUAAUUAUUGGGGUGAUUAUAAUAAUAUGGAUUAUUAUCAAAAUCAUUAUAAUAAUAUGAGUAAUUAUAAAAAAAACUGUGACAGUGAUAAUGUGAAUAAAUAUAAAAACAAUUAUAAUAAUAUGAAUAAUUAUAAGAAAAAUUUUGAUAAUAAUAUGAGUCCUCUUAAAGAUGACUGUAACAACGUUUUAAAAGAAAACUCAAAAAAUAUCAAUGAUAAUUGUGAAUUUAAAGAAGGAUACAUUUUUAAGGAAACAAAUAAAAUUUUAAACUCAAAUUUAAUUCAAGAUGAAAGAUUAAAAAAAAAACAAAAAAAUGAUGACUUAGAUGACAUCUUAAAAGAUUAUUAUUUAAACAAAGUAUGUACACAUGAUAUAAACGAUGAUAAUUCAAUAGAGCAUUACUCUGAUAAUGAAGAAAUAAAAGAAUAUUUAUAUAAGAAAGAGAAAGAAAAAAAUGAAACAGAAAGCAAAUUAAAUGAUUCAGAAAAAAAGAAGAAAAAAAAAAAAGAAUGUGAAAAUUUAAAAUCACCUAAUAUUGAUACGUGGAUAAUUAAAUUUACAACAAAAACAACAAUUUUUAGUGUUGGUUUAGUACUUUGUCAAUUAUUCGGAGGACAAAAUUUAUUAAAUAUCGUUAAUAAAAAUGAAGUAAAAGUAGUUGAUAUAUUGUGUGAAUGGAAUUGCAAAAAUAGUACUAAUAUAUAUUCAGGAGAAAAAAAUAUUACUAUUAAAGAUCUACUACCAACUAAAGGAAUUUUUUCUAAUAAUAUAUGGAAACAUAAAAUUAAGAAAAUAAUUAAAAAAUGUUUACAAUUUAUCCCAUCUCGAAGAUGCACAUUUAAAGAAUUAUAUAUAGAUUUAAAAAAUUUAAAAAAUGAAUUUGAAGAAUAUUAUAAUUUAAAUGACUCUUCAACUAUUACUUCAUGA